AUGUUACUGCUGUUUGUGGUGAUAAUUUCGCAGCUUUCUGUCCUCACAAGGUGUGGUAUUAGCAAUUACGAAUGGGGCAUCUGUGAGGACUGUAUUGAAGGUGACUUGACUUGUCACAUUUUCAUUCGACAGUUGCAACUAAACGCAUUUUCCAGGCUCAACCCCUGCCCUAAUGAUUCUGAAGAAUACAGCCUCAAUCUUGAUGAAUUAGAUGAUGGCUAUUAUCAGUGCGCUGAGACGGCAGCCGCAUUUUGCAUCGUUAGUCUUGAAGGCAAUAUUGAGCUGCGUCUUAGCACCCACAAGCUUUCGGCUGAGAUGAAGAUAUUUGUGCACAUAUACGUGGGUCAGAUUGACUCCGCUCAUCAUCGCCAGCUGUGGAAUAAAUGGAUAGACGACCGGGUGUCGCUUCUGGGUACUGACAAGGCAAGAUUCAAUACCAUGGUAUCUGGCGGUGGUGGCACUGGUCCCUAUAAGCAACUUACCUACGUUCCGUUUGACCAUGCCGGUUCACCCACUGCAGCCACAAACCCAGUUAAUAAUUUUUAUGAGGUUUCCAAGAGUACUUUGACAAUACGCAAGGGAUUCUGUGGUGACUAUCGCGUAUUUGGAGUCAGUGCUAUGGUGAAUCAAACGUUUAAUGUCCACAUCAAGAACUGUAGCUGCAAGUUUCACAAGGAGGCACAUGUGGGAAAGCUGGUGGGCAUUCAAGACUACUGUGAUCUCUUCACUAAAGUCGAAUUCACCCUUAAAUUCUUCGACGUUAAUGGUAAAACGCGAUGCUCCGUGGAAGAUCGUCAAGACCUGGUGUGUGCAAAAGUGGGCUCAAAUCGCUUCAAGAUCGCAUGUCUCAAAGACGACUUGGGCAUUCCUGAGAACAGGAAUCGCAGUCUCAAGGAUAUUGUUUUGCGAUUGGACAGUGAAAAAUGUCUUCUUCGAUACGUCUUCAAGAUUCCGAAACUUGAAUAUGCGGACAUGGAAUUGCGAUUCACGCCUCAUCAAAACUUCUACAAUCCACGAAACAUGGAGGUAAUGAUUCAAGCUUGUUUGCACACCUACUGUUCGAAAGAACAUCUUCACUGUCAGGUCUGGGAUCCUGCCACCAAUCAAACAAUCAUUAUACUGAAAUCCUCAUCUAGAGUGUACAUCAAACUGGAUAGCCUCAUGUGCAUUCGAAAAGUCCUUGUAGCUUGUAGAACACCUGAACAGAAGAAAAAACUACUAAUUUCUGAGAUAGAAUUCGAUCAUCAUCUGGAAUAUGAAUUUCCGAGGGGCAUUAUUCAACUUGAACCUUCAAACACGACCUUCAAUGUGUUGGGCUCACGGGCGACAAGAAAGACUCUGGCUCGAGUCGAGGAUAUCAAGUGUUUCAUACUUGGCAGGAGGCUAACCCUUCAAGGAAACGGCUUCAUCGACGUUCCUGCAGCUGCCAUGAAAAAGCAUUUAGUGAAGUGUCAACUCUAUGACUGCGAAUGGGAGUUCACGUUGGACACUAGUGGACCAAGGCAAAAUCUAGAGAGAUUCACUAAGAAAAUGGACUCGACGCCGUGGAUUGGAGUGAAAACCGUCCGUAUUAUCAUCAUAGUGGUGCUCUUCCACUCCGUGAAUUUUGUUUCAACGGUGACACUUGGGAGCGAUCUGAUUGCGCCUGAAAUAAGCCACAAAGUGGAGGAGCUACUCGAGAGUUUCCAGGAGGUUUUAAAUCUUCGAAGAGAAAUUGAAACCCACCACUACACAACCUAA